UGCACUCUUUUCUUGUCUCGCUGCAACGCUGACGCUUGUGACUGGUCUCUAUUUCUUUAUUUCUCUGCUGCAUUUUCGGUGUUCGACGGUAACCGAUAUUAACCGAUUUGUUUGAAAAAAACUCGACUCGCUCGAGUUCUCUUGAAAAUGCCUGGUCCGAUUCUUAAAAAGUGUUUUAAUUGUCGUGUAGCACUUCCUGAAGACGCCAUUAACACAGCUCAAUGCCAAAAAUGUCAGAAGAAUGAGGCAAAAUACGGAAAGCCCGGAACAUGUCAAUAUUGUAAACUGAAUGCUGCUUUUCACGACCAAAAAUGUGUGUGGUGUUCACAUGCAGAAAGAAAGUUCGGAAACCCGUUCCCAUGUGCUAAUUGUAAAUUGAGUUGUGCAUUUCCAAGAAGAGAAAGUGAUAAGGUCGAAGGUGCUGCAUUGCUCUGUCGAUUGUGCAUUUUACAAGCUCGUCAUACGAAUCAAACCGUUGUAGCAGGAAUUCCAGUGCCACCUGAGAAGCCAGAAAGAUCAGGAGAAGGAUCCUCAACAGAGCAGAGAGAUCGAGAUCAUCGUCAACACCGUCCAACAUCUCAUCAUCAUCGAGAUCAUAAAGACCAUCAUCGACGAGACGACAAACAUCAUCACCGCGAUUCCAAUCAUCGUCAUGCUCACAAACGGCGACACCAAGAAGAGCCCAAUAAUAACAGUAACAACGGAACAUCUUCGUCUGGUGGAGCUCCACCUCUAGUUCCAAACAAUGAAAAUGGAAAUGGAUUCCCUCCAUUCGGAGAUCGUGAUCCCGGAGAGAGUAUGGUGAAGCAACAGAAAAUGGAAGACGAGAUUCGCCGACUGAAAACAUUGCUCGCUGAAAAAGAUCAACUUAUUUUUGAUAAGGAUAAACAAAUCAGCAAUUUAAAAGCCGACCAAUACAAUCUGGAUAAAAAGCAUCGCGAACGUGUCCAACAACUUAUCAAAGAAAAAGAAGACAGUAUUCGAGCAAUCGAACAAAUGCGAAAUUCGAAAAGUUCUAAGAGGAACUGAUGUCAAUUGAAUAUAAAACUAUUCCUUGUAACUAUUUUUAUUAAGCUACCAGUUUUCAUAAUUGAAAAUCAAUUCUUCAUGCCAUAUUUCGAAAUUUUGUGUUCGAGUUUUAAAUCAAAAAUUAAUAUUUGGUUCGUGAGCUAAUAUCUUUUUUAAAAUGAAAUUAUCUUUUCAUUGUAUUAUUCACCUAAUAUUUACUUCAAUUUGAUCCAAAGUGCACCUUCCCCCUAUCGCUCUCCCCGGUUGACCCGGCAUCCCUUUCACUCGUCUUCUAAUUACAAUCUUUGGACGUAGCUACUUCUAUUAACCUACUAAAUUUGUUAUAGUGUACCCAUUUUCUGUCACUGUCAUCAAUGCCUGUCUAGUUUGAUAAUCUGUGAGAUAAUUUUUCUACAAGUCUGUAACAUGUUUUUUUUAAAUUUUACUUUUUUUGAGAUUAGUCUUUUUUUCGAGUCUUUGAAUUUUUCAUACAAUAAACUGUUCUCGUAU